AUGAUCAAACACUUGUUGCUCGCGGUACUAUUUGCUGCAUUCUCGCUCAUCGCAACCACUCAGGCUGCUGAGGUUAGCAACGUUUUCCAAAGUUUUGACAGUUUAAACUGGAAAAAUGCAGGAUCUUAUCCAUUCAGUACACCUGCAGCCCCAAGUUGGAUUGCAACCUUGUCAUGGGCAAUCAAGGGCUCAAACGUCAAAAAGGGAGACACCUUCACCUUGAAUAUGCCUUGUGUGUUCAAGUUCACUACUUCACAACCAAGUGUUGAUUUGGCUGUUGGAAGUACAGUUUAUGCCACAUGUAACUUUGCACCAGGUGAUUUAGUGGUUCCAUAUUCUCAAUUGAAAUGUACUGCUAGUAGCAACGUCAAGGCCAGCACCGACACCACCGGUACCGUGUCAUUUCCCCUUACUUUCAACGUUGGUGGAUCAGCUGGGCCCGUGGAUUUGCAAAACUCUCAAUGUUUCACACCAGGUACCAAUGAUGUUACAUUUUAUGAUGGUAAUAAGGCAUUGACAACCACAGCCUACUUUCAGGGUGGCUCCAACACAAACGCAAACACUCCAACCGAUCAAAGUGUCGUAUACGAUAGAGUUGUACCAAGUUUGAACAAGGAACAGUUGUAUGCGUUAGGUGGUACCUGUACCUGGGGGUUCAGAAGCGGAACUUUGGGAAUCACUGUCAAUGGUGGAGGUACACUCGAUUGUUCAAGUGUCCACGCAGCUAUUACAAAUAAUUUGAAUGCGUGGUACUUCCCCGAAACUAUAGAUGACAUUUCCGCGUAUACAACUUGUGAUGGGGGCUCUUUCAUGGUUUACUACAACAACAUUCCAUUCGAUUACAGACCAUUUCUUGAUAUUUUGGCAACACGUCAAACUGGUUCGCAAUUGCUGAUAACUUACACCAAUAGAUAUCGUUGUGUGGGCGACAUUUUCUCGCGCGACUACUCAAAAACAAGCACUUGGGGAGCUUACAACAACAACGAGGCUGGUGCUAAUGGUAACGAAGUUGUCGUCACCACCUCAACAUGGCUCGGAUCAACAACUGCAGUAACAACGUUGCCGUUCAACACAGCACAAGGAAAUACAAAGACAAUCGUUGUCGAAGUGCCAAUUCCAACUACAACUGUCACAUCAAGCUACACCGGAUAUUCAACAUGGACUACAACUAUCACUGCUCCUGUUGGUAAGACAGCCACCGUUGUGGAAUGGGAUCCAAUCACCCCAACUGGCCCAAAGCCAACAUCUAGUACACCUACAUCUUCAUCUACUUCAAAGCCAUCAUCUAGCUCGGCACCCACUAGUUCUUCACAACCACCUUCUACUUCAAAGCCAUCAACUAGUUCAGCAGCGCCAAGCUCUUCGCAAGCGCCAAGCUCUUCGCAAGCGCCAAGCUCUUCGCAAGCGCCAUCUACUUCAAAGUCAUCAUCGAGUUCAGCAGCGCCAUCGAGCUCGAAACCGCCAUCUAGUUCAGCAGCGCCAUCUAGUUCAGCAGCAGCAAGCUCAUCACAAGCAGCAAGCUCUUCGGUUCCUUUCUCGAGCUCGAAACCGCCAUUCAGUUCAGUACCGCCAAGCUCAUCGGCUCCACCAUCUAGUUUGGCCCCUUCAAGCUCGUCUCAAAUACCAUCAAGCUCGAAACCUCCAUCAAGUUUCGCACCACAAUCUAGCUCUUCAACACCAAGCUCGUCGCUUCCACUAUCUAGUUAUGCACCAUCGUCUAGUUCAACAGCACCAAGCUCUACAGAACCACCAUCUAGCUCAGAAGAGGCAAGUUCGUCUGAGCCACCAUCUAGCUCAGAGGAGGCAAGCUCAUUGGACCCAGAAAGCACAUCCGAACCAGCCAGCUCUACAGAACCACCAUCUAGCUCAGAAGAGGCAAGUUCGUCUGAGCCACCAUCUAGCUCAGAAGAGGCAAGCUCAUUGGACCCAGAAAGCACAUCCGAACCAGCCAGCUCUACAGAACCACCAUCUAGCUCAGAAGAGGCAAGUUCGUCUGAGCCACCAUCUAGCUCAGAGGAGGCAAGCUCAUUGGACCCAGAAAGCACAUCCGAACCAGCCAGCUCUACAGAACCACCAUCUAGCUCAGAAGAGGCAAGCUCAUUGGACCCAGAAAGCACAUCCGAACCAGCCAGCUCUACAGAACCACCAUCUAGCUCAAAAGAGGCAAGUGCAUCUGAGCCACCAUCUAGCUCAGCAGAGGCAAGUUCGUCUGAGCCACCAUCUGGCUCAGCAGAGGCAAGCUCAUCAGAACCAGAAAGCACAUCAGAACCAGCCAGCUCUACAGAACCACCAUCUAGCUCAGAAGAGGCAAGCUCAUUGGACCCAGAAAGCACAUCCGAACCAGCCAGCUCUACAGAACCACCAUCUAGCUCAAAAGAGGCAAGUGCAUCUGAGCCACCAUCUAGCUCAGCAGAGGCAAGUUCGUCUGAGCCACCAUCUGGCUCAGCAGAGGCAAGCUCAUCAGAACCAGAAAGCACAUCAGAACCAGCCAGCUCUACAGAACCACCAUCUAGCUCAGAAGAGGCAAGCUCAUUGGACCCAGAAAGCACAUCCGAACCAGCCAGCUCUACAGAACCACCAUCUAGCUCAAAAGAGGCAAGUUCAUCUGAGCCACCAUCUAGCUCAGCAGAGGCAAGCUCAUCAGAACCAGAAAGCACAUCAGAACCAGCCAGCUCUACAGAACCACCAUCUAGCUCAGAAGAGGCAAGCUCAUUGGACCCAGAAAGCACAUCCGAACCAGCCAGCUCUACAGAACCACCAUCUAGCUCAAAAGAGGCAAGUGCAUCUGAGCCACCAUCUAGCUCAGCAGAGGCAAGUUCGUCUGAGCCACCAUCUGGCUCAGCAGAGGCAAGCUCAUCAGAACCAGAAAGCACAUCAGAACCAGCCAGCUCUACAGAACCACCAUCUAGCUCAGAAGAGGCAAGCUCAUUGGACCCAGAAAGCACAUCCGAACCAGCCAGCUCUACAGAACCACCAUCUAGCUCAAAAGAGGCAAGUGCAUCUGAGCCACCAUCUAGCUCAGCAGAGGCAAGUUCGUCUGAGCCACCAUCUAGCUCAGAAGAGGCAAGUUCAUUGGACCCAGAAAGCACAUCCGAACCAGCCAGCUCUACAGAACCACCAUCUAGCUCAGAAGAGGCAAGUUCAUCUGAGCCACCAUCUAGCUCAGAAGUAACAAGUUCUUUGGAGACGUCAUACUCAUUGGAGGCAACAAACUCAUCCGGACCGACAAAUUCGUUAGAGGCUUCAAGUACAGUAGACAGCUCAAGCUCAUUAGAAGCAACAAGCUCUUCCGCCCAAUCAAUUUUGUCAGCACCUUCAAGUUCAACAGAAGUUUUUAGUUCAUCAGAAGCAACCAGUUCAUCAGCAUCAUCAAGUUCACAAGUAUCAAGUUCGGAAGGUUCAAGUUCAUCAGAACCACCAUCUAGCACUUCAGAUUUGCUGACCCUGAGUGACCUGUUGUCUACAAGCUAUUCUUUCUCCUCCAUAGUUCCACCUUAUCAAAACAGCACUAGCCCUGCACAACCAUCAUCAGUCCCUUCUACAUCAGAGUCUACAAUAACUUCUUUAAGUGUGUCAGUUGCAGAAUCUACAACUGCAAUCAGUGACUCAAUUUCCUCAAUUCAAUCUACAACCUCGCCAACACAAUCUGUAUCAAGCACUUCUAAUAAUGAAAAUGGGGGUCAGGUGACUACGGCAACUACGUCAACUACUUCGGGCAAUCCAAGUAGAGGUCAAGAGACAAUUACAACCACGCCAACAACAACGGGUAACGGUGGUCAAGAGACAAUCACAAUCACGCCUACAGAUGCAAACAACUCAGACUCAAGUACAUCUCAGACCGAACAAGCCACUUUAUCUACUGCUCUUUCAGCAUCUGGAGAUGAAUCAAGUAUAGGUUCAGAUAAUGGAUCAGGAAAUGGGUCAGGAAACGGAUCAGGUAUAGGUUCAGGCACUGGAUCAGGUAACGGAUCAGAAAAUGGAUCAGGAAAUGGAUCAGGUAACGGAUCAGGUAAUGGAUCAAGUAUAGGUUCAGGCACUGGAUCCGGCGACGAAUCAAGUAGUGGAUCAAGUAUAGGCUCAGGCAAUGGAUCAGAUAAUGGAUCAGGUAACAGUUCAGGCAACGGAUCAGGAAAUGGAUCAGGCACUGGAUCAAGUAACGGAUCAGGCAAUGGAUCAGGAAAUGGGUCAGGCAAUGAAUCAGGUAAUGGAUCAAGUAACGGAUCAGGUAACGGAUCAGGUAACGGAUCAGGUAACGGCUCAAGUAUAGGUUCAGGCACUGGAUCAGGCAAUGGAUCCGGCGACGAAUCAAGUAGUGGAUUAAGUAACGGAUCAGGCAAUGGAUCAGGAAAUGGGUCAGGCAAUGAAUCAGGUAACGGUUCAGGUAACGGUUCAAGUAUAGGUUCAGGCACUGGAUCAGGUAAUGGAUCAAGUAACGGAUCAGGAAAUGGAUCAGGAAAUGGAUCAAGUAACGGAUCAGGCUUUGUUUCCAUAGUAACAUCGAGUCAAUCCACCACUACUAAACACAACACUCCUAUCAUUUCGAGCUACGAAGGAAGUGGAUCUAUACAAAGAGCUUCUACAGCAUUAACUGGUCUUUUUGUCAUUAUAUCCAUGUUACUUUAG